AACGCGGUUUUUUCAAAUGAUAUAUAAAAACUGAUAUCCAGCUUUUUACGCGGAGGCUAAAAUGAAAAGUUCAUAUUAAAUCAUCCACCCUUUUAACAACUCUGCUCAUGUCAAUUUAAAAUCUUCACGUAUUUUAUCAAAAGAGAAAUAAAUCUGGUAAGAUUUGUGUUGCCAAUUCCUCAGAAAUCCCCAAAACUGACGUAAGCAGAGAUGUUCGCAUAUUACGAACACGCAUCAUAGCGAACGCCAUUAUGGUGCGAAAAAAGCUGGAUGGCUUUAGGACCCAAAAGUCAGAAAGUUGAGGGUUGCAAGAACUAGGCAAUUUCUCUCGACAAAAUUCAACCAAAGAAAAAAAAUCGUUCAAAAUGAGUCCGUUCCGUUCCGGAGUCAAAGUUAAAAUACUGAACAAUCUUCAACAUUUCUGAGCAUCCGGCAUCAUCCAGGAAAAUCAGGACAAAUGCUAAAACCUGAAAAAUAAAUCAGGACGCUCCAAACGGAUCUCAAAAUCAGGACAUGUCCUGCUAAAUCAGGACGGAUGGUAUCCCUACUCUUCAGCUUAUAAACCUGAACGAAAUCAGUGAGGGGAGGCGAGGUGGCAUACAGCUCUAACAAAUAUAUGUUUUCAUGUUCCUAUGUGUGUGAAUGUUUUGUUUUGAAUACUCGGUACAGUGCUGUUGACUGAAAAAAAAAAUAUUUUUGAGAAUUGAGAAUGAAAAAUAAAUUCAGCAGAAAUUCUUGCUGAUGUAUUUAUUUUCACCAUGCCGGAGACAGUGAGAUUGCGGGUUCAUGUCUCGUCUGGUUGCGGUAUAUUUUUCCACAUAUGUAUCAUAUUUUUAAUUCGGUUAUUUUUCGCUUCCCCAGCUGCACACACUGUCAACACUGUGUAUUUAAAAAACAAUAAAGUUUAUGAGAAUUGUUAAGUUUCACCGCUAGGUGGAUUAAUUCUUGUUUUCCAUGAUACAACUAGGAUGCAUUUUUAUAUCUGUAUAAUAAUUUCUUUCAUGCUGCUUCCAAUAUUCGCCAUGCCAUCUAGUUACUUCAUUCAAACCUUUGCUGAUUCGUUUCGCCAAAAUUGCAUUGAUUUGAUGCUGGGUAAUUCGAUUGCUUUCGAGUCACUCGUUGAGGAUAAUCCUUGUGCGGUUCUUGUCGGUGUUGCAGCGGGUGUUCUUAUACCGUCGCGAGGUCUUCCAUUGACAUACUACAACCGUGGAUUAUUGAGUGUUGAGCAUUAUUUAUUGGAAGAACUGUUGUUUAAUGCCAGUUACUAUUUGGCCCGAUUCAAGGAUGCCUAUCGUCAGGCUACUAUUGAUAUGAUGUUAGGAAAUACAGUGUCGGCAGAAUCUGUAAACGCCCUGGGAGGUCAAGCAGGAGCAGUUGAUGAAACGGAUUCUCUGGAAGGCGCGGAGCAUGCUCGUUUGUUGGUUGAGGACUGUCGACGUUUGCUACUUGGCACAACACAGUUUCCAUUAGGAGCUUGGGGUCUUAUUGAUGCCGAUCCAAGCACUGGAGAUCCAAACGAAACUGAAGUGGAUAUUAUUCUUAUACUUACUGACGACUUUUACAUCGUAGCCGAAUAUGAUUCCCAUUUGGAUAAAAUUGUCCGCUUUGAAAACGUUGCUCUGGAUAAUAUAACAUCAAUCGAACUUGGACUUUUUCAACACAACAAAAUGUUCCAGGGUCCAGCACCAGCUUAUCUUUGUAUUCGCUUGAACUAUGUUGUGGAGGGAGUUGAUGGCUAUUUUCACAUGUUCCGAUCACCAAAUAUUAGGUUUUUCAAUAAUGUGGCUGUAGUAAUUAAAAAACCAGAAGAAAUCACCGAGUCACUUACAGCAAUAGUUAACCUAUUUCGAAUAGCACUAGAAAAUCGGGGCAGAGAAAAUGUUCCUUUGCAUUGCGGAGGAAGUUUGCAGCGAAGAAAAAGUCGAACUUUGCUUACAGUCUCGCAAGGUAUACCUAGAAAUCUCUCGGAAUCUCAGUUGGUUCAAAUUGGUUCGAAGGCAUUGAGUAAUGUAGCCGGUCAAUUUUCCAAAAUAGGACAAAGUUUAAAUCCAGUAAAAAUCGGUAAAUCAUCGUCAGGAAAAAAAUGUAAAUCAGCGACUCCGUUACCAUAUAUAUACACUAGCCAAAUAGCUGAUGAAGCAGAGUGCAGUAAGUUUGCUGUUGGCACUAGUAGCACAAAUUUGAAAAAAUCGGAAGGUUCAAGCUCUGAAUCCGAAGAAGCUGACACCAGCAUUUAUGAGCCAGAUGACUUGGUACAAGAGAAUCCUUUGUACAACGAAAAUGUUUUCUUGCCUUCAGUUGGAAUCGUUAUGGGAGGAUCUGGAGGUGUUGGCAGUGAUAAAACAAUGUUAGAAGAGAAAGAUAAUUUUGCCAAAAUGUCGUCUGAUGUUUCAACAAUGUCAAUAUCAUCGGUUACAGAUCACAUAAAUAUGCCAGCUGGUAUGCUGGAGUGUGCCUCGCCUAUACGUAGUCGAAGUCCUAUACCUAACACACGUGUAGAUGCUAUAGAUUCGAAUGCAGAAGUUGAUAAACAUUUCGAUGCGAGGGAAGCAAAAAAUUUGACGCUUAAUUUGCCAGGAAGACAAAACGAUAAUCCUUUGAAUCAAUUGAAGCGAUUGACCAGCCCUCUUUCUAAUAUAGGCAAAGGACUUCAAACAUUGAGUGCAAAUCUGGAUCCACGAAAAAUGGCAGUUAAGGCGCCAGUUCUUCCAGUAAGUAAUCUAGAAACACCGACAGCUGAAAUAAAACGUUUGGAGAGUAAGUGGGAUGAGUCGAAAUGCCGCAGCAAGUUAAUAGCACUUUAAAUUUCGUUUUACUAUAAACUAAUGUAACCAAUUGAGAAAUAACCAUUUCUAAGCGAAAUUAUUCAGUAGCAUCAGCAAUAAUUACUCUAUCUGUGUAGAUUAUUACGGAAACAUUUUCUCGUAACGAGCAGAAAUCCAAGUAUUAUACAUAUUAGGAACGCAAUUACACAAUUAGCGGUUAAAUUAGAACAUUCUAUCUAUAAAUAAAUCUUGCAAAUGCUAGACCAAAGAUCUAUACUAAUGAGAUUGUACAGAAAACUUGACAAAAUGGACUUUUCUAAUCAUUGCCUUUUAAUUUUCAUUAUCCAUAUAACGGCAGAAUAACAACACUAUUAUGAACUAAAAGUACAUUCCAUAAAAUGCGGUUUAUUGUAAACAAGUGAAUUUCAUGAAAGAUAAUAUGGAUGUUCAUGUUUUCCUUUAUCUCAGUUUGUUAAUUUUGAUAUUAUGCAAAAAUAAACAACAAAAUACAAUAACAAAAUAAAUUGAUAGUAUUCGAAA